ACAAGUUAACAACUACAUACAAAAAUCCCAUAUAAACCUCGCUGGAAAAUCAAGAAAAUGGAGGAUCUCCGUCACGACUUCUUCACCGACAUUUUCGGUGGUGCCCCGCGCCCACGUAGCAUAUUCUCCCACCAAAUAUCCGCCGACGCUAGCUUCUACGACGAUGUCUUCUGGUCGACGGAGACGGCGCCGCCGCCGUCGCUGAGGCGGAGGGGACGGAAUUUGCCCCUUUUGGAUAUUCCUUCGUUGCAGCAUAAGCAAAAGAGUCGUUCCUUCAUAGACAUUUUUGGGCUGGAUAAGAAGAAGAAGAAGAAGGAGGAGGAGGAGAAGAGGUCGUAUUCCGAAUCAGCCGGCGACGUUGCUAUGUCAGCGGCGAAGCUCAGAGCAAUGGACAUAAAGACCAAGUGGACUUCCACGAGAAACGGAGAUUCCGAUCAUAAAAAAUGGGCACUAUUUUCCGAUUUGGAUUGUGAAAACAAAUUAGGGGGCUGCCCUCCUCGAAUUGAGGAAAAUGUUACUAACAUUGAGCAGAUAAAAUUGAGAAUGAAAGCAGAAAUAAUUGAUGAAGAAAUGGAAAUUGAUGAAGAUGAGUUUGUGAGCUCAUACGUUAUAGAGCUUGAUUGUUGCAGUAGAGAAACUGCAAGUGCUUAUGUACCGAGUGACGUUGAUGAAGCGAUCGCGUGGGCCAAGCAAAAGCUUCACUCCCAAGAGAAACCCACACUUGCAGCCACAAGAGUGAUGAAUGAUGAGUCAAGAGGGGUUGAGAAAGAGGAUGAUAGGAGCAUUGUUGAUGAAAAGAUAAGGUUGUGGUUGAGCGGCAAGGAAUCCGAUAUCCGGCUGCUAUUGUCUUCCCUUCAUCGGAUCGUAUGGCCUAACAGCGGGUGGAUGGCGAUACCUCUAACGAAACUAAUGGAGAGCUCACAAGUGAAGAAAGCUUAUCAAAAAGCAAUUCUAUGCCUACAUCCAGACAAGCUUCAGCAAAGAGGAGCAUCACUCUUACACAAGUACAUUGCACACAAGGUCUUCGCCGCUCUUCAAGAUGCUUGGACAACAUUUAGCUCCCUGGAUGUCUCCAAAAUCUAUUGAGAGCCAGAUUUCGUGUUCAUUCAUCGAUCGAGGUUUGGGAAAUGUUUUGUAAGACAUGGAAAGUGAGAUCUGGAGUUGGAAACCUUCGAGCAAUCAAUAAAUGUUUAUCGAUGUGACAAUAAAUGUUCGAGGGUUUGGAUAUGUAAGAUUCGAUUGUAGUAGUAUUUGAUAGUGUUAAUCGAUUGUAACAUUCGUAGUUAUUCCUAAAUAAAAUUUCUGGUCAUUUUAUUUUUCU